ACAUUUAAAACGUGGAGCCAAGCGGCUGUGGUUAAUACAUAUAUGGCAGUGGCAUCGCUGGCUAUAAGAUAAGCUAAACAAGGACAAAACUUGUAUAUUUCCUAUCCAAAGAAAGACUAGCGAGUGAUAGAGAAAUGGAGAAUAAAACUGAGGAAGAUAAGGUAUCAAUCAUCAAAGUUUCUGCCCUUACUUGCAUAGAUCUCGACAACUCCAAUCUUCAUCAAUCAGCUGUUUUACUCAAGCAGGCAUGUCUCGAUAGUGGAUUUUUCUAUGUCAUUAAUCAUGGUAUAAGCGAGGAACUGAAGGACGAGGCUUUUGAACAGAGCAAGAAGUUUUUUGCUCUUCCUUUGGAGGAGAAAAUGAAAGUCUUGAGAAAUGAAAAGUAUCGAGGCUAUGCACCAUUUCACGAUUCUCUCUUAGACCCUAAAAACCAAUUCCGAGGGGACUACAAAGAGGGUUUUACCAUUGGGUUCGAAGGUGGCAAAGAUGGUCCCCAUGGGGAUAAACCAUUCCAUAGCCCCAACAUUUGGCCUAACUCUGACGUUUUGCCCGGAUGGCGGGAGACCAUGGAGAAAUAUUAUCAAGAAGCAUUGAGGGUUUGUAAGUCUAUUGCGAGAAUAAUGGCUUUGGCGCUCGACUUGGAUGUGGAUUAUUUCAAUACACCGGAGAUGCUGGGAAAUCCAAUUGCAGAUAUGGUCUUGUUUCACUAUGAAGGGAAGUCUGAUCCCUCGAAAGGAAUAUAUGCAUGUGGAGCACAUUCUGAUUUCGGAAUGAUGUCUCUCUUAGCAACUGAUGGUGUAAUGGGACUUCAGAUUUGCAAGGAUAAAGACGUGAUGCCUCAAAAGUGGGAAUAUAUUCCAUCACUUAAAGGGUAUAACAAUGAGAUGUUUGGGGUUUUUGGGUUGUUGAUUCAUUUAGGGGGGUGUAUUGAAUUAAAGAUUUGGGUGGAUUUGGUGGAAUUUAGGAAAUUUUGGAUUUUGAGAAAGUUAUGUGAUUUUUUAGGAUACUUUUGGUGGAAUUGUUAGAAUUUUCAUUUUAGAAAAGGAAAUACUAGUUUGUUAUUUGGUGAGAUUUAAGAGAUAAUAUUGGAUGAUUUGGUGAGAUUUUUAAAACAAAAA